AGUUCUUCUUCCUGAGAGCGGUGCAAAACACACCGACAAAAUUCGGGAACGGAGAAUAGCAGUUUGUGGAGUCAGUCAGUGGAAGAAGUGCUCCUCUGUAGAGUCAUGGCCUCUGCUUCAAUACCAGUCUACAACUCCUCUAAUAAUCCCUUGGAGAACAGCUCCAGUCACAAUGCGUCCAGAGAGAGUCUGAAAAUGGAGCCGCUGGCCGACUGCAGCUUACUGCCCGGAGAGGAGAGGAUCAUAGACAAAGACAUCAUCUAUAUCUGUCCAUUCAGUGGAGCUCUGAAAGGCAAAGUCUUCAUCACUAACUACAGACUCUACUUCAAGAGUGCAGACGCAGACCCGGCGGUGACUCUGGAUGUUCCGCUGGGCGCCAUUGGCCGGGUGGAGAAGAUGGGCGGAGCCUCCAGUCGGGGGGAGAACUCAUACGGGCUGGACAUCACCUGCAAGGACAUGAGGAACCUGAGGUUUGCGUUGAAGCAGGAGGGACACAGCAGAAGGGACAUCUUUGACAUCCUGUUUAAAUAUGCCUUCCCCCUAUCCCACGGUCUGCUUCUGUUUGCGUACCUGAGUCAAGAGAAAUUUGAAGAGAAUGGCUGGAGUGUGUACAAACCCAUGGAAGAGUUCAGACGGCAGGGCUUACCCAAUGACAAGUGGCGUGUCACAUUCAUCAAUGCCAACUAUGAGCUGUGCGACACCUACCCCACCAUACUGGUGGUUCCCUUCAAAGCCACAGAGGAAGACCUGAGGAAAGUGUGUACCUUCAGGUCCAGAGGACGCAUUCCCGUGCUGUCGUGGAUCCACCGUGAGAACCAGGCUGUUAUCUGCCGCUGCUCCCAGCCCCUGGUGGGGAUGUCUGGGAAGAGGAACAAGGAUGACGAGCGCUACCUGGACCUCAUCCGGGAGGCUAACGGUACCGCCAAGCUCACCAUCUACGAUGCACGGCCCAGCGUCAACGCCGUCGCCAACAAGGCCACGGGUGGGGGUUACGAGGGUGACGAUGCAUAUCAGAACGCUGAGCUGGUGUUUCUAGACAUACACAACAUCCACGUGAUGAGAGAGUCCCUGAAGAAGCUAAAAGACAUUGUCUAUCCCAACGUAGAGGAGUCACACUGGCUGUCAAGUCUGGAGUCUACACACUGGCUAGAACACAUCAAGCUGGUCAUAUCUGGAGCCAUCCAAGUAGCAGACAAGAUAUCGGGAGGUAACUCUGUGGUGGUCCACUGUAGUGAUGGGUGGGACCGGACGGCCCAGCUCACCUCUCUGGCCAUGCUGAUGCUGGACAGCCACUACCGCACCCUGAGAGGAUUCCAGGUACUGCUGGAGAAGGAGUGGAUCGGCUUCGGACACAAGUUUGCCAAUAGGAUAGGACACGGUGAUAAGAACCAUGCUGAUCAGGACAGGUCUCCUAUCUUUGUACAGUUCAUAGACUGUGUCUGGCAGAUGACCAAACAGUUCCCGACAGCAUUUGAGUUUAACGAGCGUCUCCUAGUGACCAUCCUGGACCACCUGUUCAGCUGUCGCUUUGGAACCUUCCUCUACAACUGUGAGCGUGCCAGGGACACUAACGAGUUGCGGUCUAAGACGGUGUCUCUGUGGUCAUUGGUAAACAGUGAUCUGUCCUUCUACCAGAACCCCUUCUACACCCCAGAGUCCAAUAGAGUCCUCUACCCUGUAGCCAGCAUGAGACACCUAGAACUCUGGGUGACUUACUACAUCCGCUGGAACCCUCGCAUUCGACAACAGCAGCAGAGUCCAGUGGAACAGCGUUACAUAGAGCUGUUAGCCCUGAGAGAUGAAUACCUGAAGAAACUAGAGGAACUGCAGCUCUCUGACUCCUCCCCCAACUCCUCCCACCUAUCAAAUAGCUCCACCCCCAACGCAGCCUCUCCCACGCAGCACAUCACCCACCUGCACACCCCCUUCUGAGUGGGGUCGUCACACACACUCCGACGUAUACAACACACGUGUAUGCGCAUUCUCCGGGGUCGGUGUUGAUUACAUGUCAGUUCAGUUAAUGAAUCAUAGGAGAUUGAUUGAAGAUCCAAAUUUGAGAGUUGAAAAGUGACACUUUUUCCCAAUGAAGAUUUUUCAGUUCUGCAGGAUUUCAGAAUUUCAAUUCACUUCCUGAAAUUGAAAUGGGUUUGACCCUGACACAGGAAGUUAUUUUUUGUACAUAACGUUUAAAGUAAUAACGAGGUCGAUAAAUAACAUGGAAUAGACGUAACCAUGGUGAUUAUGCAACAUGUCACAGUACAGCCUUUUCACAACUUUAAUAGAAUGUUGUUUUUCCACAAAAACAAAGAAGCCUUAAUAUAAAAUAAAACAAUGUUUGUAGAUAAACAAUGCUAAAGGUAAAGGGUUAAAACUCACUGGCUGCAUUCCAAUUCACCCAGAAGUGUGCCUUCAGUCACUCCCCUUCAUGCUCAUGCAUUGUAUUGGUGCAAGCAUGGCUGGAUGGAUGUAGUUUCCACCAUAUUCCUCACACCCCAGUCCCUUUUAAAUCUAUGAGGGGGAGCGUAAGAGUGCACACUUCAGGAGAAGGGUAGAGAAUGGGAUCGUAGCCACUGCUCCUCUAGGACUGAAUACACUGCACUCCUCUCCAUGACCAGGGAGAGAAUGGGAGACGGGAAUGAAAAUUUGACUAGAAGUGUAUGUGACGAGUUUCCCUUCAAUCAUUGUGUAGCUGUACCUAUGUCCCAACAUCAGCAAUACCAGUCCAAUCAUUCAGUUAAGUUUGGAUAGGAAGCUUGAGUGCAAACCAAGUCCACUGCAGUUUCCCCAUCCCAACUCACAUAAAUGAUUUAGCAUUCAUACCCACAGAGAUAGUUCCAAUCAGUUCUAUGUUCAUAAGUCCCAAAUUGUAUCAUUUAUUCUGGGUUGAUUGUAGUCCAGUGUAUGAUAUCCAGUAGGCCAAGUAUCCCUGUGUAUUGUACUGUAGAAGGUCUAGGGAGAGACGGGACACAGUCAGUUGUAUUGGUUCCUAUGAGAGGUGCUGAGAGUUUUAUCUCAUAUUGUGGUCCACUCUAGCCUCGUCCCAAAUCUGAUUGUACUGUCUUGCCGACUCAAAAUAACCCUUUUUUUAACCUUUUUUUAUUGGUUCCAGAAACAUAUGUAGCAGGUGUUAUUGCAGGUAUUGCAAAAUGCUUGUGUUCCUCGCUCCGACAGUGCUGUAGUAUCUAACAAGUCACAAUAAUACACACAUCUAAACGUAAAAGAAUGGAAUUAAGAAAUAUAUAAAUAUUAGGACGAGCAAUGUCAAGAGUGGCAUUGAUUUAAAAUACAGUAGAAUUGAAUACAGUAUAUACUACACAUGAGAUGAGUAAAACAGGAUGUAAACGUUAUUAAAGUGACUCAUGGUCGUAGUCAUGCAUUACAUUUACCAUGUGUGUUGGUAAGACGGCACAAACCGAUCUGGCACCAGGCUAGGUCCACUCAGUCCAAUAAUAGUGAUCAGUGGUUCUGCCUCAACCCAACCCAAAACUUCAGAACCUUUACAGCCUGUUACCUUACAUGGUCAAACCCCUCUUGGCAUAAACGUAAACAUUUGCCAUCGACCCUCUUGAUCCCAAUCCGCGUGGCAAAAUGGUUUAGCUCAAAUAUACUGGAGUUUUUUUUUUUGACUCCCACAGAGUAGGUUCAGAAAUAAUCCCCAAAUAAAAGCUGUGGACGGGAGAAGUUCUUUUGCCGAGAGCAAUGUCGAGAGGUGGGAUCAGAUCGGUGGAAGUCCAGAAUCAUUUACAGCGUUUCAAGGGAUCACGAUGUGGGCAAUGUAUUCUCAGACGAGAGUUCUUUGGACAAGAAUCACCAUAGAUUUUGAGAUUAGAUUGGUGGGAAAACCCAGGAAUUGUUUAGUUACUCUUUACAGGGCAUAUCCAGUGUUCUGGAGAACGCAGGUCAGCUCCAGUUCUGUGCCUUUGGCGGUCUGAAGUUCGUCCUCAGGUGGAUGUUUUGUAUGUACCCAAACUAUAACUUUGUCAUUGUUCCUCUGUGUGUGGCGUCUGUGGCGAGGGGUAAAGGGAAAGAAAGCACCUGAUUGGUUGUGGUGCGGGGAAAGAAAAUAUCCUGAUUGGUUGAUGCAGUAUGUAUGCUCCUGGUCAAGAUCCUUUGGGUAGGAUAUCCAGUCACCACUGGGUAUGGGAAGACUAUACCAGAGAGAGAACUUACAGGGCUUGUUGCUGAACAUCUAUUGACAGAUGGUGGUGAAGGUGGGCUGAAAAUGAGGUCUCUUGAUAUUAAAACCUUUCAGGCACUGCCUUUUCGCUCCCGAAUGCUACCCCAGAAUGCGUCACUUCGGAAGACUUUGGCCUCAAUGAGGUGAAAAAGUUUUUAAAAUUAAACCAAGAGCGAAAUGAACAAGGCAAAACACUUUUUGGUUUGUUGGUUGGUUGUGUUUUUAGGCAAAAAAAUAAAUAUAUUUUGUUUAUUUUUUACUUUAUACAAGUACAGUAACUAUGAUGUAAUUACCUCAAACAAAACUGAUUUUACUGUUAAAAGUUGUAAAAUAUUAUUUUAUUUAGUGUACCAUUUGACACGUUUUAUAAAAAGGAAAUUAGUAGGACAAACAUUUUGUUUUGUUUCUUUGAAUGGUUGGUUAAUAAUUUGUGGAUUUCUUGUUACAUUAGUUUAUUUUUUUAUUUGCAUUUUGGGAUUUUGAUUUCUAACAGAAGAGGACAGUGAAUCAUGAAUUGUGGGAGAUUUGAUUCAGUCAGGAAUUGAUUGAGUUCCUUUUGCGUCUUCACCUGUGAUUGUGUAAAUAGGGGCGUGAUUAGAUCAAUGGAGUGGAUGAGGAUUUGACUCUUCUGAACCCCUCUUCUGGACAGCUAAAGGUCCCGACGCUUCUGCUAUUGUGCGGGAUUCUCUACUUUACACACAGUCUCUGCUCUACUCGUAGGGAACCGGCUAUUCUAGCGAAUGGUGCUCUUUUAAUAAGGUUAGGUCACAGCUGAAUCAAUGUCUGCAAAAACGCGAUGAUGGCAAUCUACAUUUAUUUUGUAUUUAACCUAUAUUUAACUAGGCAACUGAAUUUGAAAAGCAUAACGAUCUAAUUGCAUAUCCCCAUGAAACUGAGAUCAAAUAGUUACUAUGCAGAUGCUGCAUAGAAGUUUCAUCUGUAAAAAAAUGGUUGAAAAUUCUAAUUCACCAUUGACACUAGGAAUGUGAAGGGUGGUUCGAUAUGUGUAGAGCUGAGACUGCUUAAAGUAGAGAAUUCCGUACAUGCGCAGAAGCUUCGGGACCUUUAGCUGUUGGGAUGAGGGGCCCAGAAAAGUCUGAUCCACAGCCUCGGCCUUCAAUCAAACUCAUUGUGGUAUUUAUGCAGGAGCUCUUUUACCCCCAUGGUCAAAUCUAAUCCCUGAACAGUGGUAAUAGUUUACUACCACGAGGAAGUAUCCCCAUCACAAAUAGAUGCGUCCAGUGGUAAUAGUUUACUACCACGAGGAAGUAUCCCCAUCACAAAUAGAUGCGUCCAGUGGUAAUAGUUUACUACCACGAGGAAGUAUCCCCAUCACAAAUAGAUGUGUCCAGUGGUAAUAGUUUACUACCACGAGGAAGUAUCCCCAUCACAAAUAGAUGUGUCCAGUGGUAAUAGUUUACUACCACGAGGAAGUAUCCCCAUCACAAAUAGAUGUGUCCAGUGGUAAUAGUUUACUACCACGAGGAAGUAUCCCCAUCACAAAUAGAUGUGUCCAGUGGUGAUAGUUUACUACCACGAGGAAGUAUCCCCAUCACAAAUAGAUGCGUCCAGUGGUGAUAGUUUACUACCACGAGGAAGUAUCCCCAUCACAAAUAGAUGUGUCCAGUGGUAAUAGUUUACUACCACGAGGAAGUAUCCCCAUCACAAAUAGAUGCGUCCAGUGGUAAUAGUUUACUACCACAGGGAAGUAUCCCCAUCACAAAUAGAUGCAUCCAUGUUUUUCCACAAUGAGAAGGUGAUGCAUGGACAUUAGUUUGUAAACAAAGACACUGCCAUAAACAUUGGUAUAAUGAGUUUGACUGAAUUCCAGCCCUAGAAGAAUUGAGCACUGAUAACGGCUGUGCAAAUGGCACACUAUUACUCCCAAAUGGCACCCUAUUACUGCCAAUAUAGUGCACUUAUUUUGACCAGAGAAUAGGGUGCCAGCUGUCGCUAGUGAUUUUGUUAAUUUUCUUCAUGUAUUCUACCUUUAACAUAGGGAUAUCUAGUCUAAAGGGAUUUCUGUCAUAUUACAGCCUACUUACUCCCUAGCCUGGUGUCCCAGAUCGGUUUGUGCCGUUUUGCCAGAUCCUUGUGAGUCAUGACCAUAGGAUUUAGCUUGGGUGCCAGUCUGUUUCAGGGGGCGUACUGUCAAGGAGGGUGUACUUGUACCACAAGCUGCCUCAUGCUACAGAAACAGGAGAUCGACUGCUGCCCUUUGGGCCUGUCUGGCUUGGACAAGGCUUUACAUACCAGUCUCUGUCUGCUCUGUUCAUGCCAGGGCGAGCAGAAACCAACUGGCACCCAGCCUACAUGGGAGUUUUGGCAAGACAACACAAACAGCUGUGGGAUUCAGGCUGUACUACUCCUCUCAUGUAUGAGUAGUCCAUGUUGGUUGUUGUGUAAAUAAUGCUGAUUAAAUUAAUUUAAAGAUUUCUCACUUUAAAAAAAAAAACAUGUUGAAUUGGGUUGUUUCUUUCAUUCAUAUUCUUGGAGUCGUAAUGUGAUAUUUUAUUAUCCUUUGAUUAUUCAGGUCAUAUUGAAAUGAGUUAAAUCCCUAUGUAAUGUCUGCUCAUGUGAGUAUUGUGGAUAUUCAGACCGUGUCCCUUCAUAGGAUGUCUCAGACCUAAACUGACCUUGUCCCUUCAGAGGAUGUCUCAGACCUAAACUGACCUUGUCCCUUCAGAGGAUGUCU